AUUGAAUCACAACUUCAGUCUCCAUUUUCUCUUGAGUCCAUUGCAAUAUUGGUUAAAGUUUGGCAGUGUGCUAUCUGACAAGGAUAUCAAAGUCUCAUAAUGGCCUCCAGAAUUUCGAGUUUUAUCAAAGGAAAUUAUGAUGAAAACGAACCUCCUUCUCUAUAGCCCUAGAGUACUUUUCCACUGGAAAAACAGACAUGUGCAGUGAAGAAAUGAUCUGCCUCAAAUCAUCAGUUCUCAAAAACUAACAGCCAUGACAGAAUAGCCCUAUGGACUGGAGGCACGAAGGGAACAUGGAGAAGAACUGCAUGUGGAAAGAGAAAGAAAACAUGGAGAAAAACUGUGGAAAGAGAAAGGAAACAUGGAGAAGAACUGUGGACAGAGAAAGGAAACAUGGAGAACUGUGGAAAGAGAAAGGAAACAUGGAGAACUGUGGAAAGAGAAAGGAAACAUGGAGAAGAUCCGUGGAAAGAGAAAGGAAACAUGGAGAAGAACUGUGGACAGAGAAAGGGAACAUGGAGAAGAACUGUGGACAGAGAAAGGGAACAUGGAGAAGAACUGUGGAAAGAGAAAGGAAACAUGGAGAAAAACUGUGGAAAGAAAAAGGAAACAUCAUCAUCGGAAGAACUGUGGAAAGAAAAAGGAAACAUGGAGAACUGUGGAAAGAGAAAGGAAACAACUGGGAAUCAGAUCAUGGGAUGAAGCUGCCAGGGAAGCCAAAGACAGAACAGAAUGGAGAGGAAAUUAUCCAUAGCCUAAGUCUCCACAUAGAGAGAUGAAACUGAUGAUGAUGAUGAAUCCAAAAGUACUGAUAAUCUGACUGCCAAUGAUAAUAUCAGAUCCACGAAUAUUGAAAUUUAAUGCUGCCUUGCAUCAUGUAAUCUCUCUUACACUGUCACGUUAUUUUUUUCCCUGAGGGAAUAUUUAAAAAGUAGUGUAAAAGUGGUUAUUUGCAUGUGGGGAAAAUUUACACUAAUUAUGAGGUCACAUAAAAAGUGGGUAAAAUUCCCCCACGCGUAUUGUUAUAAA